UGAGCGCUCAUCGCGCUGUGUGCAUUACUGUACAAGCUUCACACGAGCAACAAGAUAUAACCCUGGACAUGACAGACGAAAAGCGAUGAAUCAUAUCGGAUUAGCAUGGGAACUGCCGUGUCCAAGAGGAAGAAUUUAAGGAAUGAUGCGAUUUCCUCUGUUGCAGCAAAAGUUAGAGCAGCUCGAGCAUUUGGAGAAUACUUGUCGCAUUCCCACCCAGAGAAUCGCAACGGAUCAGACCACUUGCUGUCUGACGCCUUCAUCAGCCAGGACUCCAACUCUCCAGACAUCAGUCACCUGCACAACAAUAAUAGCCUGCACCCUCACCCCAGAGUAGGUCACGUAGCCAAGCCCAGCCAAGAGCAGCCUCAGUCGGGUAGCCUGCCUGCACCUCCUCCUGCUAGCUGCAAGUGUCGGCUCUCUGUGGAGCCCAGCCUUUCUUCUGAAGACCGGUCCCAAGCCCAAACCCCGCAGGAGCAGCCCCGGUGUGCGGAGAGCUCAGUCAAGCCAGCGCGGGUCUACACCAUCACGUGUGAGGGCGGUAUGCUUGCUGCGAGGCCUAGCGAGGAAAGCCUGGAGCUCGAGGUCCUUAAGGGCAGCACUGAGCCGACAAGGUCGUCCAGCCCACCCCAGGCACGCGGCGGUCAUCACCGCGGCAGCCAUCGCCGCGGCAACCACACCCACACCCACACCCACCACCACAAUUACAGCCCUUCACCUAAGUCGCAGCCCCUGCAGAACACAGGCAGCACCCACAACAUCCGGGACUGGGGCUCCAGGCGGAGUGGCUCACGGGAGGACAGCACCCCGGACCGCGCAGCCUUCAGCCGGCCACCGUACCGCUGCCAGCGUUCCCUGGACCUGGAGACGUCUCCCCGCAAUGGGGGCAAACACCGUAAAAAGCUGGAGAGGAUGUACAGUGAAGAUCGAGUGUCCGCAGAGGAGCGAGAAGAGCAUGCAAACAACUGGUUCCCCAAAGAGAACAUGUUCAGCUUCCAGACAGCCACCACCACAAUGCAAGCAAUAUCAAACUUCCGGAAGCAACUCAGGAUGGUGGGGAGCAGGCGGAUGAAAUCCCAAUCAUUCGCCGAUCGCAAAGUGAAGAGCUUCAGCCGCUCCUGGAGUGACCCCACCCCUAUCAAGCCUGACUCGCUUCACGACUCCAGAGACAGUGGGGAACUGCAGGCUUCCUCGGGUACUCUAGAUGAGGGAGAGUACGAUGAUGUGGACUGGGAGGAGCAGAAAGAACUGGAGCGUUUGGCGUGCGAGGGUGAUGAUUUCAUCCCUCCUAAAAUAAUGCUGAUUUCAUCCAAGGUUCCGAAGGCGGAGUAUGUGCCCAACAUCAUACGCAGGAACGACCCCUCCAUUAUCCCCAUCCUCUACGACCAUGAGCAUGCUACCUUUGACGACAUACUGGAGGAGAUUGAGAAGAAACUCACCGCCUACAGAAAAGGCUGCAAAAUCUGGAACAUGCUCAUCUACUGUCAGGGAGGGCCUGGACACCUCUAUCUGCUAAAGAACAAAGUGGCCACAUUUGCUAAAGUGGAGAAAGAGGAGGACAUGAUUCAGUUCUGGAAGAAGCUGGGCCGUCUCAUGAGUUUGCUCAACCCUCAACCAAAUCUCAUUCACAUCAUGGGCUGUUAUGUGCUGGGCAAUGCCAAUGGAGAAAAGCUAUUUCAGAACCUCAAGCGGCUGAUGAGACCAUAUUCCAUUGAGUUUAAGAGUCCUCUGGAGCUGUCUGCACAGGGGAAGGAGAUGAUCGAGCUGUACUUCGACUUCCGUUUGUUCCGCCUGUGGAAGAGCCGGCAGCACUCCAAACUGCUGGACUACGAUGACCUUUUGUGACGCCAAGUCCUCUUUUUAGGGAGCCCCGAAAGAGGCAUGUGUCGAUCUAUUUAGGGCCUGUCUGUGCCCUCGUUCCCAUCUGGAGCCUGGAUCUGAGAGCUCGGAGCUACAGGAGGGGAAGAAGUCGGCGAGGAGGACGAUGGCGCCUGAUGUUGUGUGGCUGUUGGAAUUCUCCACUGUCCCUAACUACUGAAGAGGCGAGGAGAUUCAGCCAAGGUGCUGCUUACGUACCCCUGCCCCAACCUUUUGAACUCUUUGUAGCUGAGAGUGAGAGAUAAAGAGGUAUCAUUUAUCUGUGUGAAGGGAAAGCUGGAAUGCAGGAACACAACUAUCUAUCUAUCUAUCUAUCUAUCUAUCUAUCUAUCUAUCUAUCUAUCUAUCUA